AAAUUUAGUAAUGGUUCGUGAUGUAUCUCUCCAUUGUUUCAAAGUUGUCGAAACUGCACUGCACUGCACCUUCCGAAGGCAUUCAGCAUCCAUUCCCACCUGUCACCAAUCUGAAUCGACUCUGUGUGACAGAACCAUGGAAGUUCUGAGGCUCGGAUUCCAUGGAAGCAGCGAAGCACGUGGGAUUGAGACCCCAAUUGGAACUUCAAGAUAGAGGGGGUGAUACCUACCUAAUGAGAGGUUCUCCAGGCCCAGACAUCGUGCUUCAUCUUACCGCUUCCGAUCACUGCCGAAUUCGCCAGCAUGUAUGUACUCUUUCUAGUGUCACCUCAUGAGCCUGGCCUCUCCUGUCAGUGCCAAAUUCAACAUUCAUCCACCGAUGACUUGCAGUUCUCUACUGUAGGUACGAAGAGGCAACACAUGCACUAUCGAAAAUGUGAGAGAGAAUGAGGUCCAAAACCAGUGGAACCUGAGCUGGCUUAAGCUUUCGACCCGUCAAACAAGCAAUUGGUUUUCAAAUCAAAGAGACACAUCCGCCGGUGGCGUAUCACUCUGAAUGCUUAUCGGGAUGAUGUACUGUAGGGUACCCAAUACCCCCGACGGGUGCAACGAAUCUCCUCAUCAUGGAAUCCCAAACAGUUUGCUUUCAUGAUACGACAAAAACUUCUCCAUAUAAGCAGAGUCACCGUCCCCAGAGUUGGGAAUAGUUACUUCCUUGGAUUGAUAUAAUCUUACGUGCUUCUCCUUAUCUCUUCUUUUUGGCUAUUCUGAAUGACGGAAACGAAAUCACGACGUCCCCACUCCUCAUAUUCCUUAUCGGUCCCAUAUCAGGAUUCCAAACAUCCUUGCAGGUCGAGAGGCUUUCAUUAUUGGCUGUGGCUGUUUUCACGGUGCACUCCACCAGCUCCAUUCGCCGAACUGAUUGAUCGGUAUCGUCCGCUGGCCGGCCGCGCAUAGAACUAUCCUUGUCGGAAAUCACUUUCAUGCUUGCCACUGGCAAGUUUCCCUUACCAUAUAUACUUCGAUUUGACCCUCUCAGAUUCAUUCGUCGAGCAAUUGCGGUAGUAUAGACCCUUCAAGUAAGCAUACGAGAAGAUCUCGGCUUCAACUGUGGAGGGGAAAUCCGGAAAACUUACAUAUAUCCCAUUUUUCGAGGGUCCUCUGCCAAAUUCCCGCCCAAGAUGGGUCCGUUUACCAAAAACAACAAGGUCGACGAUAUCGAAGCAUUGUCAACGGAGAAGAAAUCUACCAACGAGAAUGACAGCGGGGAGUUUGUUGCAGACGAUGGAGCUGUCCCAGCGGAAAACUUUGUUAUUGGAGAUAGCUUUUAUGCUCGAGCACAAAGACUUGCAGGCAAAUUCGGUGUCGAGCAGCGAGGCAUUGAACGUGUGCCUAGCGAUGAGCGGACCGACGCAGGAAUGUCGCAAAUUGGCACUUUGGUAUGAUUUCCUAAGAUUGUGGUGCGAUCGAAUUCGCAAUUGACUGGAUGGCAGUGGUUAUCCGCCAAUAUGGUCGUUUCCUCUUUUGCAAUUGGAGCACUAGCAUAUCCCGUCUUCUUUCUUGGCUUCAUCGAUACGAUAUUAAUCAUCUUUUUCGUUAACAUUUUGGGAAUUGUUCCUGUUUGUUUUUUCUCGACCUUUGGGCCUCGCUUUGGCUUGAGGCAGAUGGUUUUGAGUAGAUUCUAUUUUGGAUGGUACGGCGUGAAAAUUAGUAAGUGCUCAAUCAUUCUCGAUGAGAACCCCACCACUGACUCCUCAAAGUUGCCGUAUUCAAUGUAUUAGCUUGUAUCGGAUGGUCUUCCGUCAAUGUAAUUGUUGGCGCUCAGCUCUUUAAUGCUGUCAAUGGUAAUAUGCCUGGUUGGGCCGGGAUCCUUGUUAUUGCAGUUUCGACAUUCUUGAUUACUCUCUUCGGCUACAAGAUUGUGCACACUUACGAGAGAUAUUCAUGGAUUCCAUGUUUCAUAAUAUUCUUGAUCGUCUUGGGAGAGUUCGCCCACUCUGGACACUUCCAGAAUAUUCCCAUGGGCGUUGGAAAAUCCGAAGCUGGAGCUGCCCUCUCCUUUGCAGCAUCAGUUUAUGGAUUCGCAACCGGAUGGACCUCUUACGCUGCUGACUACACCGUUUACCAACCAGUAGGCCGCUCUCGAAAGUCGAUCUUCCUCUGGACAUUCGCAGGCCUCUCUUUCCCUCUACUGUUCACCCAAAUGCUAGGCGCCGCUGUUGCAACAGCAAUGUCAAUCGACGGUGGAGAAAACCCAUACAUGGAAGGAUAUCACAGCUCGGGAAUCGGUGGUCUGCUCGCUGCAGUCAUGGUUCCACCUCUCGGCAAAUUCGGACAAUUCUGUCUUGUCAUCCUGGCCCUCUCCAUCAUAGCCAACAACUGUCCUAACAUCUACUCGGUAUCACUAAGUCUCCAACUCCUCGCUCGAGCUUCACAGCGCGUGCCCCGUUUCCUCUGGACCUUUGUUGGAACUUGCGUUUAUGUUGCCAUCGCCAUCCCAGGAUACGACCAUUUCGAAAGUAUCCUUGAAAACUUCAUGUUGGUUAUUGGGUAUUGGUUGGCUAUCUACGAAGGUAUCUCCAUUUCGGAACAUAUUUUCUUCAAGCGAGGAUUCGGUGGUUAUGAACCAGCGAAUUAUUUGGAACCUAGUAAGUUACCGCCGGGAAUCGCGGCUAUUGCUGCUUUCUGCUUUGGUGCUAUGGGUGCGAUCUUGGGUAUGGCGCAAGUUGUAAGUGGCACCCUCCCCUAUCCCCUAUCAAACAGCAAGCUAACGAGUUUAGUGGUUUACCGGUCCCAUCGGUAAACUCUGCGGUGCCGAAUUUGGAGGCGAUAUUGGAUUCGAGCUUGCAUUUACCUUUUCUUCCAUUUCUUAUUGUAUCAUGAGGACGGUUGAAAAGAGGAUCUUCGGCCGGUAGAGCGGUUUCUAUUCUAUUGUCAUGUUUUUUUUAUCUUUUUGGGUUUUAUUAGUAUUUAUCUUUCGAUUCCAUGGAGCUGGAAAUUUGUAUGAGAUAUGAAAAGCCUUGUUUUUUUUGCAUUUGGCAAGGCAUGAGGAUGAGUGAUUGGGAUGAAAUGAGUUACGGG